AUGGCAUCCAUUCUGAAGAGUGAGGCCGCCUUCAGGGCGAAAGCUGAGGAGUGCGGCUUGUCACAGGAGGUGAUCGCUGAGUUUUUCGCAGCUGGAAUAAAGACGAUUUCUCUGAUGGGGUUUGCAGUGACGGCUCCGGGCACUCAGCCGAGUGAGGACGAGCUCAGAAAGCUUGUGGAUCGUUCCGACCCGGGUGCAGUUCCUGUAGGUGCGCUAUCAGCGGUCAGACGAUUGAUGUUCGAGUGUCAGACGCUGUGCAUUGCUCACGUGAAAGCUUCUGUCGAUGGAGAUGAGAGAAAGUGCGAGUUGGUGCCAGCAGAACGGACAGCCAGGAUUGCUGCGCAGAAGAAUAGGCUGCAAGGGCUCUCUCUGACAGGUCCCUUGGAGUGUUCCUUCGCAAGCUAUGGUUAUGUGGCCAGCAUGGUGGAACAAGACACUCCUUUGUACCUGGAGCCUCAUCGCUUUGACACCAGGGCUGCAGAGGUCUCGCGAGAGAAGCCAGGGAAAGAGAUCGUGCUCGAUGCAAACAAGAUUGCAGUUAGGGACCAGUCUCAAAAGCACAAGUGCGCCAUUCAGGAUCCCCUCAGUCUGUCGCAGGCCCUGCAGAGACGUUCUUUGGCUUGUGAUCUGAUGUCGGUGUGCACUUACAGCAAGAUGCAAUCGUGGCACGGUUUCCUGAUUGAACGGAUGCAGCAACCUGCACCUCCCGGCUUCCGCCGGCCUGGGAUUGAGCAGGUCUUGCGCGCUGACAGAGCGGCUUGGAUUCGCAUGGCGGAGUCUGUCCAUAGCUUGAAACGUGAUGCCUCAGGAGAACUCCCGCUGGACAAAGCUCUUGAUGGAUUGGUCUCUGAUCCCAUUGUUCUGUUCAACCUCCUUCCGUUGCCUUGUGAGCCUGCGCCAAAAGCCGAUGAGAAGCGAGCUGAUGAGCGACCCGACAAGGGUACUGGGCGAGGCCGUGGGGGGAAGGGGGAGAAAGGGGGCAGAGGAGAAAAGCGGAAGCUCGACAGCGACAAGAAUGCAAGGCCUGACGGGGCUUUGCCGCGUGAACUGCAGGGCAUCACUGGAUUGAACAUGACCACCGAGGCUGGACUGCAAGGAGUGACUGUCAACGGGGAGGGGCCCGGGCCAGUCGAGCUCCUCCCCUGUGUUGGCCGCGAGCAAGCGGCCCCGGAUGCCCCAACCUUAGAUAAUGCACGUCCUGUUGAAAUCAUGGACUCAGUUUUGCCUUUCGACGUGGAGCCUUCGACUUUUUCUGAUGCUUGGCCGAUGGCUGAAACCUUGGCUUCCAACAUUCUUGCUUCUCGUGACGUUCCCACCCGGGAUGACAUUGCUUCACUUUUCGACCUGCUGCCCCACAAAGCCCCGCCGCGGGGAAUGCCUGAGAAAGGAGCUGCUUUCACUUGUGGCGCAUUCGCUCAAGGCCCGCUGUUCGGGCUUCAUGUUGGCAGCCGGAAAUACCCCAAGGUUUGUAGACUCCUUGCUUCCUUUGUGCGCUCACUCGAACCGGGCUUCAUCUUCACAACAAUCAGCCUUUUCUUGAACGUGCGAACGCAUGUGCAUGUUGAUUCACGCAACGAUCAUAGGCCAAACCUUGUUGCAGGCAUCUCUGAUUUCACUGGAGGUGAAAUCGUUGUCGAGAGUCCAGGUGGUGCGGCCAGCUUCUCAGGUGGUGACUCCGUCGGCGGCGCUCGCAAGUUGCCAGUGUCGGGCACUCAUGUUACCUUUGAAGCGUACAAGUUGAAGCAUGAGACUGCGCCUUGGGUUGGAAACCGAUUGGUCUUGGUGGCGUUCUCCGUGCCUGGUGUGACGCGUCUUUGCAAAGGAGAUGUUGCUGUUCUGGAAGACCAAGGUUUUCAGCUGCCUGAGCAUGAUGAGACGUCGACCAACCGGCCUCCUACCUUGCUGGAACCGAAGUCAGACUUGUCUAAAACUACUUCCAAGCUUCAAGGUUGCACCCUUCGUGACAUCAAAUUUGUCGAACUUUUCUGUGGCACUGGUGGGGUUGUUGCUUGGUGUCACGAGCAAGGCAUGCUGGUCAGUGUGGAAAACGCCGCGUCCAGCCCGGUGUGGUCUGGACCCGUGUUGAAGGCUUGCCAGAGCCUAGGUUUCCAUAAAACCACUCUGCACCAGUGCAUGUUCGGAAGUUCACAUCGCAAGCAUUCUGUUCUUUAUCACAAUUUUCCACAGGUCCGCCGACUAUGCCUUUUAUGUGACGACCAACACUCCCAUGCGCCUUGGGAUCACUGCCCUGACGGCCCUGUCUCGGCAUACCCGAGUGGCUUGUGCAAAGGUUUAGCGCUGUCCUUCGCAGAUUGCUUCACUGCCUUGGGUUGUGUGCAACACGUGGUUCGGCUGUCUGCACGCUCAGCCGAACUAGACGACAUUACCCUCAGCCGUGCAGCUCAGGUCGCCUCCGGCAAGCAGCCGAAGGGCAAACGGAUCCCUCCACUGGUUCCGUCGAGACGAGGUGUCGUCACUUUGCGAGGUCCGGGUGUCAGCAUGCCUCCCACUGGUGUGCUGGACUCGUACUUUACUUUGCCUGCCGACCUCCAAUCCAACCCUGCCAUGCCCGGCCUGCCAGCUGGCAGCAAGUGCCUUCGCUCAGUUCUUCUUGGGGGUGGGUCUGAGCUCGUUCGAGAGAUGGUCUUUUCCGUUCCUAAGACACCUGAAGAAUUUGUGUUGCAGGCGUGCCAAGCCCGCCACCCGCGUCACAUGUUGUCCGGCAUCCCACCAGAACUGCAUUCGACUGUGCAGACUUGUGCGUCGCAAAGCUAUGCGUCCGUCGCUCGUCGUCGCACAGAGGUGCUUCGAAAGUGGACCCUCCGGGCGCAAGAGUUGCAAGGAUCCCCUGACCCAGACCCGCCUGUAGGGCAUUGUGCUCAAGGAGCCGCGGGGGGUGUAGGAGGCACGGCCUGA